CUUUCACAAAUGUGUUUUUGGGCUGUACUUGGCUUCAAAAUUCCAAUCCUAAGUCAUCGGCUACACCGUCGGAGUAGUCGUAAGAUUCCGAUGCCGGUGAAGUCAAUUAUUUGUCCCAUCUCUUCAAAGUUCAAACUUAUCCCCAACAGGAGUCCUCUUCAAUUCUCUCGCUGACUUCCGAGACCCUCCUAGAUGAUAAAAUUUUCCGCUGAAUCAUUUUAGUGUCUCAGUUUUCUCUAACUCGUAACCCCACCACUUCGACUAUUCACCACGCCCACCUUUUCGAAAUAUCAAGACAAUUCGACUAAAGAUCACUAUCAUCUUCUUGUCUAUAUUCUGAAUCUUUCAUCUGAAAUCUCAUGGAACCUCCUGAAAACGACGUUGUAUCGUUCGAAUCGGCCGAGAAGAUUAUCCUCGGGUGGGAUUCGACGGCGUCGGAGGAAGCCAGAGCGAAAAUGGUAUUCGACGGCGAUCGUCACGAGAUCGAUCGGUACUUACAGGCCGUGGAUGAUAUCCAACGGUCCAUGGAAUCCGCAACCAUAUCUGACGACCAGAGUAAAGCUAACAUCGCGAUUCAGAUCGCCAUGGCUCGGCUAGAGGACGAGUUUCGCAACAUAUUGAUCGCUCAUACCACUCCAACCCUAACUGACUAUUUCAUCGAUCAGAGCUCUUCGAUCCACUCUACAUCUGCAACGGACAGCACUGGUGGUAGUGAAGUUCAAGAAGACGAAGCGUUUACGGAUCACCAUGCGAUAAGCAAAGAAAUGGAACAUCAGGAGAGCAGUCGUAGCAGCGCAAGCUAUCGAUCUUCAUCCAGUAUUCGCGAGAUCGAUCUGAUACCUUCCGAAACUAUCUACGAUCUCCGAAGCAUCACAGAGAGAAUGAUAUCUGCGGGAUAUCUCCGGGAGUGUAUUCAGGUCUACGGCAGUGUAAGGAAGUCUGCGGUUGAUGCGAGCUUCCGGAGUCUUGGAAUAGAAAAAUUGAGCAUCGGUGAUAUUCAGAGGCUUGAGUGGGAGGUUCUGGAAACGAAGAUCAGACGGUGGAUUCGAGCCGCGAAGGUUUGUGUUCGAAUACUCUUUGCGAGUGAGAAAAAACUGUGUGAGCAAAUCUUUGAAGGUUUGGGGACUUCUACAGAUGAUGCUUGUUUUAUGGAAACUGUUAAAGGUCCAGCAAUUCAGCUGUUUAAUUUCGCUGAAGCGAUUAGUAUUAGUCGGAGGUCGCCGGAGAAGUUGUUCAAGAUAUUGGACCUUCACGAUGCAUUGUCGGACUUGUUGCCCGAUAUCGAUAUUGUUUUUGAGUGGAAGUCAUCCGAAUCGAUUAGGGUUCAGGGAGCGGAAAUAUUGUCUCGUCUGGCUGAGGCCGCGAGGGGGAUAUUAUCGGAAUUUGAGAACGCGGUGCUUCGUGAGCCGUCGACGAUUCCUGUUCCCGGGGGAACAAUUCACCCCUUGACUAGGUAUGUGAUGAAUUACAUAAGUCUGAUCUCUGAUUACAAGCAGACCUUAAUUGAAUUGAUUGUAUUGAAGCCAUCAACGGGGUCGAGGUAUAGCAGUGAUCCUAACACGCCGGAUAUGGAUUUGGCAGAACUGGAGGGGCAAACUCCGUUGGCUCAUCAUUUUGUUUGGAUUAUUGUGAUUUUGCAAUUCAAUUUGGAGGGUAAGUCCAAGCACUAUAAAGAUGCUUCUUUGGCUCAUUUGUUUAUUAUGAACAAUGUUCAUUACAUUGUUCAGAAGAUCAGAGGGUCUCCGGAGUUGAGAGAGAUGAUUGCAGAUGAUUUUUUGAGGAAGUUGACUGGGAAAUAUAGACAGGCAGCAACUAGUUACCAGAGAGCAACUUGGGUGAGGGUCUUGUACUGUUUGCGAGAUGAAGGGCUGCAUGUGAGUGGGAGUUUUUCAUCUGGGGUGUCCAAGAGCGCUUUGAGAGAGAGGUUCAAGUCCUUCAAUGCUAUGUUUGAGGAGGUCCACAAGACUCAGGCAGUGUGGUUGAUACCAGAUACACAACUUCGGGAGGAGCUUCGUAUAUCCAUAUCUGAGUUGUUGAUCCCGGCUUAUAGAUCAUUUCUUGGCCGUUUCAGGAGCCAUAUAGAGAGUGGGAGGCACCCAGAGAAUUACAUCAAGUACACCGUUGAGGACCUGGAAUCUGCUCUCUUGGAUUUCUUUGAGGGAUAUCCGCUGUCUCAGCACUUGAGGAGGAGAUCUCAGUGAAGGAAUGGAUUGAGUUUUUGCCUUUUAGAGUCUAGGACACAAUUCUUUGAAUUUUUUAUAGAGUGUUUGGAUGAUGUGGUUCUGGUUAUUUGGGGCUUUCCUGAGCUCUCAAGUCCUUUAGGAGCAUAACCGUCUAAUUUUUUUACCACAGUGGAAAUAACGGGGAAGACCUGUUGUAGCUCUCCCGAAUAGCCAAGGUCCACCUGCCUGAAUGCUUCAUAUCUGUAAGAAUGUUGUUGUCUGUUUUUUCUCGCUGCAUUUUAGGUUUUGUUCCAUUUGUCCAUAUGGGAAUUGCUGUAUGUGCUUUACAUUGAUAUUUCAAACUAUAUUAUGUUUUCUAGAGUGAAAAGCAGAACCUAGAUAUGCUUUGAUGACCCUAAAGGGGUUUGAAAAUAUAAUGGAUGUUUCAUGCUAGCCGUCUGACAAUA